AUGGACUGCAUUGAGAGCCGGCUCCAGCGAACUUUGAAUCACAAUCGAUCACGGCAAGAUAGAGACCGAGGGGUUCGACCUGCCGAAGGCGCCGCUCGAAUCGGUGGUUCAAGUUCGGAUGGACCAGAGCGGGGCUCCGGCGCUAGCGGGAGCGGCGGCGCGGUGACCGGAGUCGAGGACUCCCGGCGCCUUUUGAGCACCUGGGAGCGCGUUUCUGCGGCCUGCCGCCGGGCAGGGGCGCUUUCCCACGCGGCCCUGCGGAGUGGGUUCAGCCUGGACAGCCGGAGCCCGACGCCUGACCGCUUGUUCUUCGCUUUCCUCUCGUCGCAAGAUCCUUACUCCCACGUCAACGACCCCUACAGCCUGAACCCCCUGCACGCCCAGCCGCAGCCGCAGCACCCGGGCUGGCCCGGCCAGAGGCAGAGCCAGGAGGCCGGGCUCCUGCACACGCACCGGGGGCUGCCGCACCAGCUGUCUGGCCUGGAUCCUCGCAGGGACUACCGACGGCACGAGGACCUCCUGCACGGCCCGCACGGGCUGGGCUCCGGACUCGGAGACCUCCCGAUCCACUCCUUACCUCACGCCAUCGAGGACGUCCCGCAUGUAGAAGACCCGGGUAUUAACAUCCCAGAUCAAACUGUAAUUAAGAAAGGCCCCGUGUCCCUGUCCAAGUCCAACAGCAACGCCGUCUCCGCCAUACCCAUUAACAAGGACAACCUCUUCGGUGGCGUCGUGAACCCCAACGAAGUCUUCUGUUCAGUUCCGGGUCGCCUCUCGCUCCUCAGCUCCACCUCGAAGUACAAGGUCACGGUGGCGGAAGUACAGCGGCGCCUCUCACCGCCCGAGUGUCUCAACGCUUCGCUGCUGGGCGGAGUGCUGCGGAGGGCGAAGUCUAAAAAUGGAGGAAGAUCUUUAAGAGAAAAGCUGGACAAAAUAGGAUUAAAUCUGCCAGCAGGGAGACGCAAAGCUGCCAAUGUCACCCUGCUCACAUCACUAGUGGAGGGAGAAGCCGUCCACCUAGCCAGGGACUUUGGGUACGUGUGUGAAACCGAAUUUCCUGCCAAAGCAGUAGCUGAAUUUCUCAACCGACAACAUUCCGAUCCCAAUGAGCAAGUGACAAGAAAAAACAUGCUCCUGGCUACAAAACAGAUCUGCAAAGAGUUCACCGACCUGCUGGCUCAGGACCGAUCUCCUCUGGGGAACUCGCGGCCCAACCCCAUCCUGGAGCCCGGCAUCCAGAGCUGCUUGACCCACUUCAACCUCAUCUCCCACGGCUUCGGCAGCCCGGCGGUGUGCGCCGCGGUCACGGCCCUGCAGAACUAUCUCACCGAGGCCCUCAAGGCCAUGGACAAAAUGUACCUCAGCAACAACCCCAACAGCCACACGGACAACAGCGCCAAAAGCAGUGACAAAGAGGAGAAACACAGAAAGUGACAGCUCCGGGAUCAGCACCCCCCCACUGCUGCUACUGCUGCUGCUGCUGCCGCCGCCGCCGCCGCUGCCGCCUUCAGUCCUCCCGUCUGGGAGCCUGGGGACUGCUCUGCACUGUCAGCGGGGCAGCCCCUGCUGACUCAGGCCCUGCCUCAACUUCCCCUGUCAGCAUCGACCCACUGCCCUCAUGUGGAGCCUAAGAACAGAACAGGCCGUGAAGCCAGCAAAGAAAAGUUCUGUCGGAGUUUGUGAACUUUUUUUUUAAAAUAAAUAAAAAAACCCACACAGCAACAAUGGCAACAACAACAAAAACUUAAAACUUUUUUUUCUAAAAAAAGAACGCAAAAAUUUUAAAAAAAUUAUAUGAGCUUCAUGGGACUGAAUCACCACCUUCUCUUACAUACAUCGGUUCAGAUUGUAGCCAUACUUAAAAAAGGCACAAGGAUGAUGACAUUUUUAUCAGUAUUGUGAAUAAACUUGAACACAAAUACACGAAGUUCCAUGUCAUGUCUCAGUUGUAGAAGUUUUUCCUCUUCAAGGUAAAGCGACCAACUUGAACUUUCUCUGGCAACACGAUUCAGUUAUAUAAGGGAAUCAGUGUUCAUGUCUCUGUAUAUAUUUAUUUAUGUGUAAUUUAAUGGGAAGUGUAAAUAUGGUGAGUCUGUUUUAAGCUUUUUUUUUAUUUAUCUGGUGAUCUCGUUUACCUCUUGUUUAGUGGGUUUUGAAUCUUCCCUAUUAGUUCUUCAUGUGGUUCAUGGUACUUAUUUAGAAAUUCAAGGUUUGGGGGGGAUUCCUUUUCCUCUGGGAUUCAUGAAUUUAGCAUGUUAAAGAUGACAAUGAAACAGCUGAACAAAUAAAAAGCAAGUAAAGUAAAAUUUUACAUACAAUUAGAAUUACAUUUAGCUUUUCAUUGAACGGGAAGAAAAAUUGAUAUUGGACCUGAGAAAGAUUUUUAAACUUGAGUGGUUUCAUAACCCUUCUAUGUAUUAUGGGGAGGGGAAAAAGUUAAUUUUAUUCCACCAUCCUCCCUUAAAAGCAUCAUUUGAGCAAUAAAUGAGUAUUGUCUUUAAACCAAGGGUUAGGGAUAUUUUUUCCUCUCUUUCUCUCUUUUUGUUCAGAGAACUUCCAACAUGUGGGACCACCUGGCAUUCUGUAUUUUCACUGGCCAUUUUGGAAACAGUUCUAGUUGUAUUGUAUUGAGUUGUGCCGGCAGUAGUUUCCAUGCCUGUCAAUGUAUCAUAGUCCUUUGUUGCCCAGAUAAAUAAAUAUUUGAUACGCUUUA